AUGACAUGAUUGAGAUCCACCCUUACCCAUGCGUUCAACAAUUCAUGCUGUGAGACCCACGGUAUUUGAACUCUACUAUGGCCGCGCUUGUGGAGAACCCCGUAACAUUUCUUUUACGACUUCUGUCGGCCCCUCGACGACAUCGCGAAUACAGUCUCGAAUACAAGCUUCUCCAAGCUCGACAAGCCUCCAAGCACACUCCUACUUUGUGAUAGCGAAGUGAAGACGCGACCGUCGUUUAACCCAUCUCUGCACCCUAGCAACAAGUUCUUCACUCGAGAAGCCUUUGCGACAGUCCCCUACAGCGCCUUCCUGAUCCCAGCAUCAAGUGACUCUUCACGUGUAUCUAGUGCGACACAACCCAAGCGACAACAUGCCUCGCACCAUGUUCAUCAACCCUUUCAAGAGGCACGACGUAUCAGAAUUUCCUGGUGUGCUAGUGCCUCUUGAUGACAGCACCCAUCGCGCUUCGGUUUCCUCAGCUGUGCCCAAUGAAAAUGGCACGGCCAAGUCGGAUGAUGAUCAACCCACGCGACCACCGAGUGAUGCAGGAAGCGGCAUCGUUAACCAUGGAAUGUCAAAAGAGGCGCUUAAGCAAGAGAUCUUACAUGAUGUUGCGGCGGCUGACCAAGAUACGCCGUACGACCGCAAAGCCAAAGUUAUAAACAAAGCCUUACAGGACAUGGGGAUGGGGAGAUACCAGUGGGAGCUUUUCGCUCUUUGUGGAUGCGGCUGGAUGGCCGACAACCUAUGGCUGCAGGGUGUUGCCCUCACCCUUCCUCAACUGUCUGCCGAAUUUGGUGUCAGCGAGACAGAAGUUCGCUAUACAACCUUGGCUCUCUUCCUUGGCCUCUGUAUCGGCGCCUCUUUCUGGGGCAUUGCCUCAGAUAUUGUUGGCCGUCGCUUGGCCUUUAACUUCACUCUUUUCCUUGCCGGCGUUUUCGGUCUUGCCUCCGGUGGUGGACCGAAUUGGAUUGGCACCUGCGCUCUGUACGCAUGCAUUGGUCUUGGCGUAGGCGGUAAUCUGCCCGUCGAUGGUGCCCUGUUCUUGGAAUUCUUGCCCCAGACCUCUGGUAGCCUUUUGACUUUACUGUCAGUAUUCUGGCCAGUCGGCAACCUCAUCGCCUCCCUUCUCGCCUGGGCUUUUAUCCCCAACUACAGUUGCUCUUCAGAUGUACCGCUCGGACAAUGUGCCAAAGAGGACAACAUGGGCUGGAGGUAUCUGAUCCUUACUCUCGGUGCCAUCACCUCACUGAUGUUCGUCUGUCGUUUCUUCUUUUUCCACCUGUAUGAGUCGCCCAAGUUUCUGCUUUCCCGUGGUCGCCAGGCCGAGGCAGUCGCGACCGUAUACGGUAUUGCACACUACAACAAGACCACAACUUGGCUCACCGAAGAUAUCUUGAAUUACGUCGGUGGAGACCAGGAGGUCACCGAGGAAGAUGUUGGCCUCAGCACUAUCCAGAUCAUCAAGCACUCGCUCGGCAGGUUCUCCCUCAAACGUUUCGGUGCCCUCUUCGAGAACCGUACGCUGGCCAUCUCUACCUGUCUUCUCUGGUUUCAGUGGACGACGGUGGGAAUGGGCUACCCGCUUUUCAAUGCCUUCCUCCCCCAAUAUUUAGCCAACUCCGGUGGCGAGGUUACCAACAGCGUUGCUACUGUGUACCGCAACUACGCCAUUACUGCCAUUGUUGGCGUUCCCGGCUCAGUGGUAGCCUACUACACCGUGGAUAUUAAGUAUAUUGGUCGCAAGGGGACCAUGGCUUUUGGAACUGUCGUCACCGGUGUCUUCGUGUUCUUGUUCACCAUCUCUUCCGACUCGGACUACCAAUUGACAUUCACCUGCCUUGAGGCGUUCUUUCAGAAUAUCAUGUAUGGCGUUCUAUAUGCCAUUACGCCAGAGACAUUCGCUGCGCCCAUUCGCGGUACUGGUACCGGGAUGUGUAGUUUCCUCAACCGUCUCGCUGGUCUCUGCGCGCCCAUUGUCGCGAUCCAAGCUGGUGCGAGCAACCCGCAGGCACCCAUAUACGCGUCCGGAGGGCUUUUUCUUGCAGCGUUUUUCAGCAUGCUGUUGCUGCCUAUUGAAACCAGGGGCAAGCAGACGUUAUGAAAGGGUCAAGAACAUUGGAGUCGGAUCGUGUGCUAGAGUGUUGAGCUGUCGCUGUUGCAGCGAAAUAUAGCCUGUAGAUCUACGGAAAGCCUAGGCAAUGCCCAUCAAAUUUAAUCCAUCACAUGUGUCGCAAUUACAACUGAAUUGACAAGGUCCACUGCC